UUGUGUUUGAGUACGUGAGCAAUAAAGAUAAACUAAUUUUUCCUUUCGUUCAGUGUUAAGUGUCUGCGAUUGUUCGUAUGUUUUAUAUCUUCGAGACAUUCUGAUAAGGAUAACUUGUUGUUGCCAAAAGUAGUAAUUUUUAAAAUAAAUACCACUUAGUGAAUAUUCUAGUGAAGUGAUUCUUUAUAAUGGGAUAUAUAAUAAUAGAUAUGUUCAAAGAAAUACUUCAGUCAUUGAGCACCGUAAACUACGUCCUUGUCCUCGUUUUCUUCCUCAUCGUUGGUUACCGACCUCCCUGGUGGAGCAGAAAAAUAUGCAAUUUUCUACCCAAAACAGUGAGCGAUAUACCCGGACCACUUUCCCUUCCGUUUUUCGGAACAAGUUGGCUAUUUCUGUCAAGAAUAUAUACUUACGAUAAAUUUCACGAGUUUGCUGAGGACAUAUACGCGAGAUACGGCCCCAUAGUUAAAGAAGAGGCGCUUUUUAACGUCCCAGUGAUCCAUAUUUUCGAAAAGAGCGAUAUCGAGAAAGUGUUGAAAAGCAAUACCAAAUAUCCAAUAAGACCGCCUACAGAAGCUGUCGCUGUGUACCGCAAAACCAGGCCUGAUAGAUAUGCUAGCGUUGGAUUAGUGAAUGAGCAAGGAAUAAAAUGGCACGAGUUACGGACUUCUCUGACAAAAAAACUAACAAGCCCAAAAACAGUUGCGGGAUUCUUGCCGCAGGUUCAAGAAAUUGUCGAAGACUGGUGCAAUCUAAUCAGCCAACAACGAACCGAUAACACAAUUACUAACCUGGAGGAUAUUGUUGGACCAUUAGGUCUGGAAAUAUCAUGUGCAUUGGUAUUGGGGCGAAGAAUGGGCUUUUUGCUACCGGGGGCAGAAUCCGAGACUGCUCAGAAAUUGGCUGAAACUAUUCAUCAACUCUUUAUAGCAACAAGGGACACUUAUUACGGGCUGCCUUUUUGGAAAAUUUUCGAGACUCCCGCCUACAAGAAACUAGCAGAGAGCGAAGACACAAUUUAUCAAUUGGUCACAAAUUUAAUUUCUACAGCAGAUCAAGCAGCAAAUAGGAGCCCAGUGUUCCAAUCUGUCUUAGAUGCCAAUAUUAACCAAAAAGAAAAGACUGCUGCAAUUGUGGAUUUUAUAGCUGCAGGUAUCCAUACGCUUAAAAACAGUUUGGUGUUCCUCCUCUACCUUGUAGCGAAAAACCCCGGAACACAGGAAAAGAUCCUAGAAGACUCGUCAAAGGCAUACUUAAGAGCUUGUAUUAUGGAAACUUUUCGCAUAUACCCCACUGCCAAUUGCUUGGCAAGAAUAACCGAGGAAGAGCUGGAACUUUCUGGCUACAAAGUAAAACCAGGAAGUGUUAUUUUAUGCCAAACAGGUAUAGCGUGCAAGAAUGAUCGAUAUUUUGCGGAUGCAAACCAGUUCAGGCCAGAGCGUUGGCUUACUGAAGAAAAAUCUUUGACUUCUACCAAUGCUACAUACCUGGUGAUUCCGUUUGGUGCCGGGCGAAGAAUUUGUCCAGGAAAAAGGUUCAUAGAACAAGUUUUACCAGUAAUUUUAGAAAAUACCCUUAAAAAAUUCAUCAUAGACGUAGAAGUUACAAGGCCAAUUGAGUUGCAAUUCGAAUUUCUCUUAUCUCCAAAAGGACCUACAUCUCUGAUCUUCGAAGACAGGAUUGGAUCAGAAGAAAAUUCCACUGCAAGUGAAUAACUUUUGAUGUCUUGUUUGGGAGGUUGCUGGUGUCAAAAAAUCCAAAAAUAGUAAACCCACACUAUGUACAAAACAAUUUGGUAUCGUACCGUAUUUACUAUUAUUUUAAGACGUAGGUUUAGUACUCUGUGUUAUUACAUUAAUUAUGAAGACAUGAAGAAUAGAGAUGACCGGUCAGUCGAAACAUAAUAAAUAAUUUUUCUUGUCCUGAGUCUAUACUAUUCUUAAUGAUCUAUGUAUAUUUUUCAAAAUUUUCAGUGUUCGUUUGAAAAGCAUGUAUGUAUUCCCACAAGAAAUAUCCAAAACAUAUUUUUUUUAUAGUUGUAUCAAUUUGAAGAGUAGAAAUUGUAUAAAUUGGAAGAGGUUGUAUUUUUAGGAAAGAUUUAGUUUUUGGGAAUGAAAGGUUUUGGCUUCAACAAAACUGUUGUUAGAUUACUCAUACCAGUGUUGCCAACUUGGUGAGGAAUGAAAAUCUUGCUUAGAAAACUAGUUACUCCUACAUUUCAAAAUAUUACCGAACACCCUUAGAAAAUGUCAGAAAACACACUUUUUGACGUAACGGGAGAUUUUUCCAACUACCAAUUUUUCAGGAUAUGACAUCAGAGUUUGAUUUUUAAGUGAAACACCCUAUAUACUAUUCCAUUUUUGAAAUCUAUAUAAUAUUCUGGGUCCGAUGAUACCUCAUAGUUGAUAUUUGAAUUAUGGAUUGGAACACACGGUUGCGUCAGAAGGCCUGCAAGAUCACCCGACUUAACCCCUUUAGACCCCCUGUAGAUCCUCUCGAGUUAUCGAGGAAGCUGCUAUGAAACAAUAAAACAAUAACGUUUCGAUGAAUGUUAUUUUCAGUUACUGAAUACAUUUAUAGAGAUUUUAUUGAUAACAGAAAUAAGUUUGCACUUUAUUCUAACUGAAGGGCCAGAAGUACCUUGUCACCAACUAUCCACUUUUAUCAAUUUCAACAACUUCAUUCACUAGUUCACAAUCACAAUUGAACACUAUACUUCAAUUACACUUUGUAACUUUCCUCUCAUUUCUCGGUCGUGUUGAACACAUUCAAACCAUUCUAUGAACAAAUUCAAAGGUUACUUGCAGCUUGAUGCUAUCUCAAAGAGUCACGUUCUUUUCUCAGAAUCAUAGCGAGCAUCAAUGUUAUGUCAAUCACGCUUCUUUGUCUCACUCAGGCCAGUAGAAGCUUGAUUCGCUUACUUUUACUUGCCAUGGAUGUAACAAUAUUUACCCAAGAGCCCUAGAAAUGUUGGUCCUUUUUUCAGCAAAUAAACUAUAAAUAAACAAUGAAAUUAUUGAUAUUUUCUUGGAAUAUUCAGCUUUUCAAAUGAACACUAAUUACCGAGUUUAUACAACACUUUCAUAUUUGCCAUCAUUUGAUAGGUUUCAACAAUAUGAAAUAAUCAUAAUAAAGCAGUGAGUGAAAAUCUAUUUAGAUAUACCUAGGUUCAAUUUUGUGUAACUAAGAGCCCCUAUCAAUAUCUUGGUCUUUCAUUUUGUUUCACGUUAAAAAUGGUAUGCAAGUUGUUGUAGCCUCAAAAAACGCGUUCGUUGAUAAGAAAAUAAACAUGUUUUUUGGGGGGCUUUUAUCAACAUUACUCAUAGUAUAUAAUAAAGACUAUAUUUUAAGAUAAUUGACUGAGUACAAAAAACGCGGCAAUGUUGUUGUCUAGGCUGUGCUUUAUCAGGAUUCAUUUUUCGUACAAACUUUUAUAUCUUAUACAGAGUUUACAAAAAAGUACUCACCAUUUUAAAAAUGAUGAAUAAUUGACAGAAUUCUAUUUGUAUCUUAUCUACUUGAUUCAUCAGAAUCAAUUUACAAUAAUACUUUUUUAUGUGGUAUCCACUCUUAGAUAAACACACUAAUAGUUUUAAUAUAUUUGAAUUAUGUGUAAUAAAUGAAUUAUUUUUAUUG